AUGGCGACUCCGGGAGAGACUAGGCCGGCGUUGGGCGCAGGCUGGCAUGCGUGCCGAAACUGCAGAUCGGUCGGAGCGGCACAUGCUCUGGUGGUGCGCGAGGUUGCUGAAGCGGGGUACGUCGGCGCUCCCAUCCUGCCUGAAGCGCCCGUUGGCAGGGGCACGCCGGAGAGGGCAAUUCGGAGACUUGCCAAGACCAAGAGCAUGAACAGGCACAACAUCAUUGUGUUCCUCGCUGCGCGAUGCGAGAAGAUAAGCAGAACGAAGCUAGCCCGUGACCUAAUCCGCCACCAACCGCAGACGCCUCCGCCUCUCCUGCUGCCACCGCCUCCUCCUCUCCUGCUGCCGCCGCCUCCUCCUCUCCUGCUGCCGCCGCCUCCUCUCCUCCACUUCUCUCCUCCUCCCGUCGAAGACCUAGCGCGUGGUCGUUGUUGCCACUCGCCCCUCUCCUGCUCCCGCAUCUUCGACCCCACCCUCGCCAGCUCCCGAUGCUCUGUCGAGUGGAGAAGAGGGGUGCGGCAGAGAAGGAGACCAGAGGAUGGUGAUGGGGGAAGGAGCAGCAGGGUUGGAGCACCCUGGCCAUCGUACCCAUCCCCAACGCCUCACCCACUUCCUCCGCACCUCGCCCCGUUCCCCUCUUUCCCUGCUCUCCACUACGCCUCCUCCUCUCCUUCAGUUUUCUCUUCGGCGACGUUGCCAAAGAAAAUGCACACGAGCGGUGGAUCCGUGCCAGAGAAGGGUGGCGGUGACUUCGCUCCGGUCAUGGUGGGGUGCAGCCGCCGGGAAGAUAAAGGUGGGGACUUGUUGGUGAGCUGCUACUACAUCGACUGCGGCAUGAACGAGUUCGCAAUAUUGCCGGCGCAGUCUCUUGUGUUCCUACUCCACGGCUGUAUUCCAACACCCCUUCAGACUUUCAUUUCAAGCUUGAAAGGUGAGCUUACUGCCAUGGUUUAUUUCUCUUCCUUGCUAAUGUUUAGUCCAUAUCAAAUUGUUCAGUUCUAAACUUCACCUUCUACAGUCUAGCACAAGAAUUCGGCUCCCUGUCUGAAUUCGCGGAGCAUCUUGCUGCCAACGUUGACAUUGUCUUCCCAGUGAUACAUGGGAAUUUGGUGAAGAUGGUGGUAUUCAGGUUCGGAGUUACCAACGAAUAUUAAAUAUGCUUUACAUGCAGGAGAAAAUUAUGCUGGUGCCAUAGUGCAUGCUUGCAGGUAUUAGUGCGCUUAAUUUGGCACGGAACUGGCAUGUAAUGCUGACUGUGUCUUGGUUCUUUUAUAAGAAUCCCACAUUGCUGCUGCUUUCUGUUGAUGAUAAGACGCUAACACCUGCCAAAUGGCUGCGCUCCGGUCGUGCCGGGGUGCAGCCACCGGGAAGAUAAAGUAGGUCUGCCGCCCGUCUCUACCUCUCACCGCGCCCUUACUGCCUCCAUGGCCAAGCGCAUGUUUUUUUCUCUGUCCCUCCAUAGCGCUCGUUACCGGCGGGAUACAUUUGACACUAUCUCAAAUCCAGUUUAUUUGACAUGUGUUUGAAAUGUAUAUUUAGCAUAAAGAUAAUACUGCAUUUCCUUAGGGACCUUAGUUUUGGCUCUGUUCUUGCUCAUAUUAUAAGUAAAAUAUUAAUACUUUAUGUCUCCAGCCAGUUCUUGAUCAAAGGAAGAUGCAUUAACAAUUCGUGUCUCCAACCAGUUUAGAUCAUAGGAAACUAUGGCAUAAUGCACUGCUGAAUUUUCUUGUUAGUGCUCACUGACAAUAUUUGUUCUCACGUACGGUAAUGCCUUUCGGUUAAACUAGGAAUUAGUUCAUUAUUGAAAGGUUUCAUCUGCAUUUUUUUGCUUCAUUCAUUUUUUGUCUAUUUAUUUUGCAUAGAAAACCAUCUUUGGUAUGCUUUAAUAGGGCUUAUUUAAUACAGUACAAGCAAAAUUGGAAGUAAUAGCAAACCAGCCAUGAAAAGUUUGAGAGACCAUGCAAACCACAAGAAAUGAUGUGCUCCUGUUAUUUUGCCAUGAUCUUGUGGCCCAAUUCCAAGGCUCUAUAAACUAAUGUUAGCUACUUGCUUCUUUGGAUGCCUUAAUUAUAGCCAGCGAGGAAGAUGGGGAAGACAGAGCCAGCAAGGAAGAUGGCUCGGCCCUGCCGCUGAUGCCCACCGGCCACUUCCGUCAGGCUCCGUCGUGGGAGGGGGCGCACCAUUUUUGGGUGUUCCUUUCCUACGAUCUGUUCAGGUUGAUCAUUCUUUUUUAUCCUGUCAUUUUUUUAUUUGCUUUGGCAGUGUAUUUGGGUUAUUUCUUUUUUCUGGAGCUUGGGCAUAUUGGUUGUCUUGUUGGCUCUUUUUACCAGCAGUCUUUCCUUUUCAGUUUAUGGGAGCGAUUACUAGCUUACAUACAUAGUUUAGUUAUUAAGUUUCUAACUGAUAUGGUUAACACCAUGUUAGACACUUUGGGUCUAUCCAAGGAAUGGUGGGGGGAGGCGCUA